AUGGGGUUGGACUAUUUAGGGCCAAUCAUACUUGUUACUUGUCUGAACAGCAUUUUUGGUGUAAGUGUACCAUGUAAUGAAAAAUAUCUUGCAAAAAAUGGUCACCGGUGUUACCCAUGCAGUGCGGGAUAUUACAAAGUUUCGGAUUGUGUGAUAGACGGGGAACAGUCAAGAUGUAGACCUUGUGGAAAAGGGGAAUAUCUGCCCACGUGUGAUAAUUCGAUACAGUGUAACGUUUGUGAUCUGUUUUGUCAUGGAGGACAAGUUAACAUUAAACCAUGCACAUCAACCAGUAACUUAAAAUGCCAGUGCAAGGAUGGAUACUAUUGGAAAACGGACCCACAUCGAUUUUGUACUAGACAUAGAAAAUGUGUAUCAGGAGAAGGAUUAAAGACAAAAG